AUGAAGAAUAUUGCUAAUGAUAUCACUGAGUUAAUGAUUGAACUUCCAAUUAUUAAACACUAUGCUGAAAAGAGUAUUGAUGCAUAUAUUUAUAGUCUAACAAAGAUGCAUAACAAAACUGUUUUUGAUUCUGAAAAAGUUGAUGAAAAAGCAAUGAGACAAUCUUAUGGAUUAUUUGCUGAUAAAUUAGAAGAAACAAACAAAGAAGAUCAUAUUAAAUUUGAAGAUGACGAUGACGAUGUUGUAGAAGAAGCUGCUACAAAAGCUGAAGAAGAAGAAGAAGAUGAUGAUGAUGAUCUAUUAGAAAAAGCAGAUGAACAGAUUAUUGAAGAAGUCAAACCAAAACAAUUCGAUAUUUCAAUUAAACCAAAACGAUUAACUAAGAAAGCAAUUCACUCAGUUGGAACAUACAUCAAAUUUGAAGACUCUGAUAACGAACAAGACGACCAAAAUGACUUAGUUGAAAAGAUGGAGGAAGAAAUGAGAGUUGCUGAUAUUGAAGAUAAAGAAACUGCAAAGAAAGAAUUGAAAAUUAAACGAAUGAAAAAACAAAGUGCACUAACUGGAUUUGCAGACGUUGAAAUUGCUGACGACAGAAAAAGAAAGAUUAGUCUUACUGAAUCAAUGAAAGAACCAAAAACAAAGAAGACAGCAGAAGAAAUGUUACAAGAAAAGUUAAAAGGAAAUUCAUUACUUUAA